CAGCAGCCACCAUUCUUGGGGAGACCUUUGAGGCUGCGGUCUGCACGGAGGUGACGAUUCGGCAAGAAAGACGGAUGCGAUAUAGGAAAUGGCUCUGGUGGACUAGAUUUGGUAUGAUGGUCAUGACAUUGCAGUUUGUGGUGGCAAUUUAUGUCAUGUAUAUAAUACUGAAAGACAUUUCCAAAAGCAAUGAUGCUGCAAUGUGCUUCUUUGGACAGGAUGCUGAACAAAGAGGCUGGAAGAAAAUAUUGAUGAUUUGUUUCCUUGUCCUCAUAUGGGUUGUGGUUAUUAUUCAGUGCAUUACAGGGUCAGACGUAUUAAGAUGGAGAUCCUUUUAUGCUACCCAUGACUCAGCAUGGAAAGCUCACUAUCGAGAGGUCUUUGACCAUGGUAUACGAGAGGCCUUAUGCUGCAUGGGACGUGUAAAAUACUUGAGUGUUUUGGAAGAAGAUGAAGUUUAUUCUGUGGCAAGAUUAUUGGGUGAUCUUGUGGCAUACAGAGCCUCAGGGACUGGGCAUUUCGAUCUCUUGGCAGGGCUAGCUCUAUUGCAGAAACGUAAAAAAUUUCCAGAGCUGUAUGGGGAGCUUAUUGAGGCACCUGAAGCACGUAUUCAAGAGGCUGCACUGUUCCAUCGAUAUUCUGAAGCUGCAUAUACAGGCCCACUGCUUGAUUUUGGAAGGAAUCCUGUUUUAUUUCCAUGUGCCUGGCUUCAUAGACAAGGAAUUUUAACUCCUUGGACCCGUAGCAGGCGUCCUGCUCUUGAAGGUGAUAAUUGGUGGCGAGGUCACGCAGCCGCAUUCCUCAAAUGUAUUAAUUUACCUCCUGAAGCUCUUCGUAAGGGUCGUGUUCGUCAAAGAAAGCGUGAGGUAGCUUACUUUGUUGUGGCACUCCAUCAUCAUAAAUCUGUACUUGUUGCUGUUCGUGGUACUGAAACUCCUGAAGACCUUUUAACUGAUGGUUUAUGCAGGGAGUGCAACCUUUCUCUGGAUGAUUUGGAUGGAUUGAUCAAUAGCGAUCAACUAGCCCCAGGAGUGAGAGAAACUGUUCUCUCCACCUUUCCACAUUACGGUCAUUCUGGGAUUGUUGAAUCUGCAAGGGAGCUUUUCGAGCAACUUGAUGGACUUACUACAGAAGAAGAUGAAUCUCCAUUCGAAACACCUGGAUUCCUUUCUUCUUUGCUCGGAAACGGUUCUGAUUGCCAGGGAUACAGAGUUAUCAUUGUAGGGCACUCAUUAGGAGGAGCUAUUGCCACUUUACUGGGAGUGAGGUUGUAUGCUAGGUAUCCAAAUUUGCAUGUUUAUGCUUACGGUCCACUUCCUUGCACUGAUAUGGUUAUAGCUGAAGCUUGCUCAGAUUUUGUUACUAGCAUUGUAUAUAACGAUGAAUUUUCUUCCCGACUGUCAGUUAAUUCAAUCCUCAGGCUCCGUGCCUCAGCAAUUGCUGCUCUUUCAGAUGAUUCUUCAACUGAUUCAGCGAUAAUAAGCAAACUUGCUCGUAGGAUUCUAAGCUCAAAAAGAUAUCAAGAGAACAGGAUGAAUGAAAAAUCUCCUGGCUCUUCCACUCAUUCAAGUCCUGAGGAAGGAGAAGACGGUAUUCACAAAAGAAGAACCCCUAAACACUCUAUUCAAGGAGGUAUAUUUCUCUGUGGCCACACAGUUUCUUGUCUGGUGAACAAUCCUAACAACUGUGCAUCAUCACGGGUUGUGGAUGGCGUUACAUCAGAACCCAGGGGGCUGGGUUUUUCUGAAAAAGGACCAUACGGUGUCUAUCAAAAUCAAGAGCUUUACUGUGGAGAAAGUUCUCAAUUUGCAGAUGAGGAAAUUAAUGGCAUACAGGAGUUUAAUGGGAGUAAACAGACAUUCAUUGAAAGUUCUGAAGAGGUUUUAUUCAAUGGUCAAAGAUCAGAGUUCAUGGAUAAUGCUCAAAUACCAAUUGAAGUGUCGAUAAGAGAACCACCGGAGGUGUUUCUUGCAGGAGUAAUCAUUCUUAUAAUACCAGAAGAGAGGGAUAAUUCAUGUAAUUGGAAAAGUUGGAUAUGGGAUGAUAGAGUGGGAGGUUAUAGAGCUGUUUUGGCAAAUAGAGAAUGGUUCAAGGAUAUUGUAGUUUCGCCUUUCAUGUUUCUUGAUCAUCUACCUUGGAGGUGUCACUAUGCAUUGCAGAAAGUACUGGAAACACGAAAGCUUCAAGCGGAACGGGGUGAUGAUUCAUUUCACCAUGAGCAAGUUAUGGUGUGAAAUAUGCAGUUCGAAUUCAUAGCAAUUCACUAUUCAUACAAAAAAUCCCUCUUCGUACUCGAUCACGCUAUUGACAUGCGAGGAAGAGCAAUGAUGAGAAGCAGGGCCAGCUAAAACAGAAGAAGAUGCAUCUUCUGUGGGCAAAUGUGUAUACAUUAGCAAGCCUGUGUACAUAUAGAACGACCACAAAACAUAAGAGGGAUGCACAUUCAAUAGAAAGUCUCCGAGCUUUAACUACACCUAAAAAGGGGACUCCCAGUGAGUAUUGAUCCCCAAAUUGUAAUACAACAUGAAAUUAUUUACAUUCACAUAAUAUAAUGUCAAUAAUCAUUGUUUUAAUCAUGUGCUGCGACAAGUCUUUUUAUUAUUGGACAAUACAA